CUGUUGGCUGGUGUACGAAAAAUUUGGUCUCGCUGUGUCGAGUGUAAUUUAGUGCUAGUGUUCGUGUCCGAUAUUGUGAUUUAUUCACUAUAGAUCACGAGGAUGUCGUCACCGAGCGCUGGGAAACGUCGUAUGGACACAGAUGUCAUUAAACUUAUCGAAAGCAAGCACGAGGUGACAAUUCUGGGCGGGCUCAACGAAUUCUGUGUCAAAUUCUUCGGCCCGCCAGGCACACCAUACGAGGGAGGAGUGUGGCGCGUGCGCGUCCACCUGCCCGACCACUACCCAUUCAAGUCGCCUUCCAUCGGAUUCAUGAACAAGGUGUACCACCCCAACAUCGACGAGGUCUCCGGCACUGUCUGUCUAGAUGUUAUUAACCAGGCUUGGACUGCUCUCUAUGACCUGUCGAACAUUUUCGAGUCAUUCCUGCCGCAGCUGCUGACAUACCCGAAUCCCAUCGACCCGCUCAACGGCGACGCGGCCGCCAUGUACCUCCACAAGCCUGAGGAGUACAAAAAGAAGGUUUCAGAUUACGUCCGAAGAUUCGCAACUGAAGAGGCACUUUUAGAAAAAGACGCCAUCACAGGCAUGGGUGGCGCAUCAGCCUCCAGCGGUUCCAAGCCCUCCAACGGCACCGCGAAUAACAACGCAAGCGACACCGAAAGCUCUAUGAGCGCGUUCAGUGAUGACGAAGCUCAGGACAUGGAGUUAGCAUUUUGUAAAUAUUCUAUAAUCUGUCCCCCAUAGUAUAAAUCCAACUUAAAUCUAUCAAAGCCUACAGGCUACAGUCAUCACUUUAUAUCUCAUAGGUAUUUAAUUUUUUUUAUCAUAGAGUUAAUUUUUAAACGAAUGAUGUGUCAUGUUUUUAUGUGUUUUUAACCCCUCUGACUUUGGCUACUGUGAAUUCUACUGUAUAUACGUUGAUGGCAACACUGGAAAGUUUAGAAUGUCUAUGCUUCCAUUUGAAAGGGUUUAUUUUGAAAUUGAAAUAUGAAAGUAACGGCGUUUCUAAGCGACAUUUUGAAUAUUGUUUUGCGAAACGCCGAAAACCAACAAUAAUAACUGUGAUCUUGUCUGUUAUACAUGUGUCAAUUCAGAAAAGAGGGUAGAUAAUUGAAAUCGUAUCAUACGUUCAUGGCCUUAAAGCAUACUUUCCAACAUUAAGAACAAUCGCUUCGUUUAUAUGCACCUAGUUUUUUAUGUGAAAUGUGUGAUGGCGUCGUCAAAAAAAUCACUUAUUUUGUGUUACACCAACGUCACCGGAGGAGAAACGGGAAAAAUUGUUUUGCUAUAUCAAAUCUUACAAAAAAUAUAAAGACACUUAGGAUAUUGUCUAAAAAAUGUACUUUAUCACUAUUAUCCAAUCAUAAUAAAAUCCCGAAAACAGUCUUUAAGAAUAAAAUGUCUAACUUGUACAUAAUUUUUAUAUGGAGAUAUUUCUCUUUAAGUACUACAGAGAACCUGCAAAUGUUUUCAACUGACGCUCUGUAGUUAUUAGAUUCAAAUUUAUCCCAAAAUUUGCAAAUUGAUCCGACGUACCGUACGCUGCCCCGUCAGUCGCCGUCGGGCGCUUGUCGACGUCGGAUCCGUUUGAAAUUUUCUCCGCCUGUCCUUGUUUUAUUCGUAUUAAUGGGGGGUCAAUCACCUCAUCCAAUAGUAGAUAAUCAUUGUUCAAUCCGUUAGCUAAUUGGACUUUUGAGUCUGCCCUAUUCGUUACAAAGAAGCGAUUGACAAUUUAAAUGUAAGAAAGAUG